UUGAAGUUCACGCGAUGAGCGACGGAUCUGAGUCCGUUUCUCUCUCCGUCUGGAUCUGGUUCUGUUGAAUAUGUGAGAUUAACGGCUGUUAACGGGACUGACUGUCGGUCUCCGGUUCCGUUCCAGUCUUCAUGAUCAAAGAAUCUGCGGAGUGAAGUAUACAUGGCUUUGACGGCGUUUGUUACCAUGGAGACAUCGUCAUGUGUGAAUGUAUCUCAUGUGAACGGUGACACGGCAUCAGAGAAACAGACGUGUGGUGCCGCCCUGCAGGUUCAUCUGUACAACUGCAGAGAUGACACAAGUGUCCUGACGUUCCCGCCGGGAGAAUACAUCGCAGAAGAGCUCUGCAUCAGCGCAGCCAAAGAGUGUGGUGUGAGUCCCAUGUACUGCAGUCUCUUUGGACUGAUGAGAGAGAGAGACCGCGUCUGGUGUCCACCCAAUCACAUCUUCAAGAUUCAGGCGUCUACUAAUGAGGCGCUUCUGUUCAGAAUCAGGUUUUAUUUUCCAGGCUGGUAUGGGAGCGGGUCAAACUGUGCCCGCAGGUAUGGGGUGACCAAGAGUUCAGAGGCACCUGUGCUCGAUGACAUCACAAUGGCUUACCUGUUUGCACAGUGGCGUUGUGAUUAUCUGAGCGGUGCUGUGAGUGUUCCAGUCAAUCUGGAGUUUCAGGAAGAGUGUCUUGGAUUGGCUGUUCUUGAUAUGAUGCGACUGGCCAAAGAGAAAGGCAGGUCACCGGUUGACAUCUGCCACCGCAAAAGUUAUAAAGAUUUCCUCCCUCAAAACAUGCGCGCUCACAUUCAGAAGCAGCACUUUGUGACCCGGAAGAGGAUCCGCUUCCGCUUCAGGAAGUUCAUGGAGCAGUUCGGUGCCUGUCGUGCCACGCCAUCAGACCUGAAGCUCAAAUAUGUGGUCAGUCUAGAGACGCUGCAGUCCGCUUUCUACACCGAACGAUUCCACGUCAACGAACCGUCUGCAGGAAACGUCACCAUCAUCGUCAGUGGCAACCACGGCAUCCAAUGGACCCGAGGGAAAGAGGCGAGUGACGGAGAGGAUCUGCAGGUUUACUGUGAUUUCUGUGAUGUCAUUGAUAUCAGUAUAAAGCAGGACACUAAAGACGGAUCAAUUGAGAACCGAAUAGUCUCCAUAAACAGACAAGACAGUCAAACACUGGAGUUAGAGUUUCACUCUCUGUCAGAAGCGUUGUCAUUCGUCUCUUUGAUUGACGGCUACUACAGACUCACGACAGAUGCACAUCAUUAUCUGUGUAAGGAGGUGGCGCCACCUAGACUGCUGGAGGCCAUUCACAUCAACUGCUACGGUCCAGUGUCGACGGAGUUUGCCAUCAGCCGUUUGCGGCAUUGUGAAAAUCAGCGAGGCGUUUAUAUCUUGCGCUGCAGCCCUAAAGAUUACGACAAAUACUUCCUGUCAUUCGCCAUUGUGUGUGAAGGUCAGCUGCAGUUCAAACACUGUCUGAUCAUUCGCUCUCAGUCCGGUGAGUUUGUGCUCAAUGGAGCUAAAUGCAGUUUUGGGAGUUUGAGUGAAUUACUGCAGCGUUACCAGAAGGAGGCGCUCCGCUCCGACACACACGUGUUCCAGUUCAGCUGCUGCUGUCCACCGCGGAGUAAAGAUAAAUCAAAUCUUCUAGUAUGCAGGAAUAAUCAAACAUCAGACGCGAGUCUCUCACCGUCUGUAUUUAAACACAUCAACCAAAUGAUCUUCCACAAGAUCCGUAAAGAAGAUCUACUGACUAUGGAGAGUUUGGGUCAGGGAACGUUCACUCAAGUGUUCCGUGGCAUUCGGAGAGAAGUGGGAGAUUACAGAGAAAUCCACGAGAUGGAUGUUGUGCUGAAAAUUCUGGAUAAAAGCCAGCGCAACUACACAGAGUCGUUCUUCGAAUCUGCGAGCAUGAUGAGUCAAUUAUCACAUAAACACCUGCUGCUCAAUUACGGCAUCUGUGUGUUUGCUGAUGAACACAUCAUGGUGCAGGAGUAUGUGCGCUUCGGUUCUUUGGACACGUACCUGAGACGAAACCGCAACUCCAUCAACAUCACGUGGAAGUUGGAGGUGGCCAAACAGCUGGCGUGGGUGCUCCAUCACCUGGAGGAAAAGAACAUGAUACACGGAAACGUUUGUGCCAGGAACGUUCUGGUGACCCGAGAAGAAGAUCGGAAGACCGGAACACCCCCGUUCAUAAAACUCAGUGACCCGGGCAUCAGUAUCACCGUCCAACCCAGAGAAUUUCUGGUUGAACGGAUCCCAUGGGUCCCGCCGGAGUGUGUGAGAGACAGUAAGAACUUGAGUUUGGCAACAGAUAAGUGGAGUUUUGGAGCCACACUGUGGGAAAUUUACUGCGGUGGAGAACAUCCGCUUCUGGCAUACGACUGCUCAAAGAAACUGUUGUUUUAUGAAGACAAACAUCAGCUUCCAGCUCCUAAAUGGACAGAACUGGCUAAUGUGAUAAACAGCUGUAUGAAUUAUGAGCCGCUACACCGACCGUCAUUCAGAGCGCUCAUUAGAGACCUCAACAGUCUCUAUACACCAGACUAUGAGUUGUUGGUGGAGAGUGAGAUGGUUCCGAACAGGAAUCGAGUUUUGGGUUUUACUGGAGCGUUUGAGAAUCAAGAACCAGGUCAAUUUGAGGCUAGACAUCUGAUUUUCCUCCAGCUACUGGGAAAGGGUAAUUUUGGUAGUGUGGAGAAAUGUCGUUACGACCCGUUGCAGGAUAACACCGGCGAGGUUGUUGCCGUGAAGAAGCUGCAGCACAGCAACGCCGAACACCUGCGAGACUUUAAGCGAGAAAUCGAGAUCCUGCGGUCGCUGCAGCACGAGAACAUCGUCAAAUACAAGGGCGUUUGUUACACCGCAGGUCGGAAGAACUUGCGGCUGAUAAUGGAGUAUUUGCCGUUCGGCAGUUUGCGAGAUUAUCUCUCCAAAAAUAAGGAGCGAUUUGACCACACGAAACUCCUGCUGUACGCCUGUCAGAUCUGUAAGGGAAUGGACUAUCUUGCGUCAAAGCGCUACAUCCACCGAGACUUAGCCACACGGAACAUUCUAGUGGAGAGUGAAUUUCGGGUGAAGAUCGGAGACUUCGGGUUGACGAAGGUUCUUCCUCAGGAUAAAGAAUAUUAUACCGUUCGUGAACCGGGGGAAAGCCCCAUAUUCUGGUACGCUCCAGAGUCUCUGACGGAGAGUAAAUUCAGCAUCUCUUCAGAUGUCUGGAGUUUCGGAGUUGUUCUGUACGAACUUUUUACAUACAGCGACAAAAACUGCAGCCCUCCAACUGUGUUUAUGGAUCAGAUGGGGGAGGAUAAACAGGGUCAGAUGAUUGUUUACCACUUGAUCGAUCUGCUCAAACGAAACUAUCGUCUGCCACCUCCAGACGAGUGUCCUGCUGAGAUUCACGCGCUGAUGACAGAAUGUUGGGCGACCGAGCCGAGCGAGCGACCCACGUUCAAAACCCUCGCUCAGAGAAUCGAGACAAUCCAGGACCGCAGCGACGUAUGACGUGAGCAUCAACACGCCGGCAGAUCAGACGCACCACCACUCAAAAGGUCACUGUGUCACCUGACGUUUAAAACGGGACGUUUGGACGUUUAAAACGGGAACAUUUAAAAACCAGGAACAUUUGAUGGCUUUUCUUUGUUUCUUCUUGAAUAUUCUGGCAUGUCGUGUUCUCCACUACAGGAUCUGACGCACCUUUCCUCAAGAUCCUCAUAUAGGAGGAAGAUCCUCUCUGUUCUGCUCUCAGUUCAGUUUUGUGCUGGUAAACAGCCUCUGGUGCUCAUGUGGACUGUCUGUUUUUAGAUUUGUACGUCUCAUUUUUCAUCCUCAGUGUGACGAUCUAAUCGGACUGUACAAACUCAUUUUCUUUUUGCAGACUUAUAAAGUAACUAAAAGCAGAUGAUAAAAUGAUAAACUUGUUACAACAUUUCAGGUCAUGAAGAUCCUCUUGCGCACAGGUCAGACUCGAAUCUUCUUGUUUUUUGUGGUGUUGUGGUGCGACAGCUGCACACCCCAUGACUGGAGGGCCAUUUUUGUUGUUGUGUCUGCGACCGAUCUAGUUCUUCUUUUUGCAGACUUUAAACUUUAAACAAGGGCGAUGAGCUUCUGCCUUGUAGUGUGCACUGGGGUUCAAAUAUACACUGUCAUUAUACACUUUCCAGUGGCUUUGUUGCUUAGCAACCGUUUCUUACAUUUCCUACAUUAACUUUAAACUUUCCUUGGAUGUUAAAUGAAAGACUGCAUCAGUUUAAUUCAACUUCCUGUUUGUUUAUUUUUGUUUAAUAGAGGUUUAGCUCUAUUUAGUGUUGCUGAUUGUUUUUCUAUUAAAAUAAAUAUUGUGUUCUCUUUGGUUGGGCUCUUGAACAUGUUUUAGCAUUUAACAUUUUGGGGUAGACCUGACCUGCUAAAGAGAGACUGACUCCAUCCCUACAGGGAAGGAGCCGCUCUCUCUAGUAAUUUGGCUCAUAGUCUUAAUAAUGAUAGAAUUUAAAAAAGUAAGAUAAACAUCAUAUAAAAAUAGGGCUACUAAACUUUAGAUCUAUUUCAGCCAAAGCACUAAUUGUUAAUGAAAUGAUUACAGAUCAUAGAUUGGAUGUACUCUGUUUGACUGAAACCUGCUUAAACCGGAUGAAUAUAUUAGUUAAAAUGAAUCUACUCCCCCAGGUUAUUGUUAUAAACAUGAGCCUCGUCUGAAGGGUCGAGGAGGAGGUGUUGCUACAAUUUACAGUGAAGUUUUUGGUGUUACUCAGAGGAUGGAAAAUAUGUUAAAGUCUUUUGAACAAAUAAUGCUUAAUGUGACACCAUCAGAUAUAAAUAUAUAAUCUGUCGUAUUUUGCCAUAUUCUG